AUGUCACCUCCGACCGACGCCUCGUCAGACAUAGAUAGCUCAAAGAAGCGCAAGCACCCUCAUGAUGAGGAAUUUCCCAAAAUACUAGGCACCGAAAUGCUUAAUAUUUACGUCGGCAAGGAAAAGCGACACUUCCGAGUUCAUAAGAAGAUCCUUUGCCAGAAGAUUGAAUACUUUGAUCAAAUGUUUAAUGGGAAAUUUUGCGAAGCUCUGAAAAGCACCGCUAGCUUCCCUGAAAACGACCCUGUCUCUUUCGAUGUUUUAAUUGAUAAUUGUCAACAUUACGUUCUCUCAGCUCUUCGGAAAGCCUACGUUUCUGAAAAAUGGAAAACCAAGGACAUACUGAAGGCUAUGGCUUCGAACGAAGACUUGGGUACCGACGUUUUGAAUCUGAUCCGGGCUCAGAAACCUGGAACUUCUCCUCAGGACCCUAGAGAGCUCUGUCCAUGCACUUAUCACAUUGGGCAAAGUACACCAUGCAGCGACUUUUUCCUCACACGACCGAAUAACAUCUGCACAAUCUGCUCUCCAGUCGAACGUUCUCUGAAAAUGAGUGGUGACCAUGGUGGAAAAAGCUCGACCGAGAGCAGUUCGGCUAGUUCUUGGAAAUUUCUCGAUAAAUUCGGAACUACUAUGGUUGAUAUCUACAUUGGCGAAGAGAAAACCCACUUUAGGGUGCACAAGAGCAUUCUUUGUACGAAGAUCGAGUACUUUGAAAGGAUGUUUAAUAGUUCUUUCGCAGAAUCAAGCGGUUUUGCAUCUUUUCCUGAAGAUGACCCGACUUGUUUUGAUGUCCUUCUUGAAUGGGUUUAUUCAGGUUCGCUUCGUAACCUGGCUCCUGGAGACAAAAGUAAACCACGACUUUGGAAUCCCUAUCAGUUGUUCUCCCUUGUCGACAGAAUGAUGAUUCAAGGUCUCAAAGACGGAAUCAUGGACGCUUGGAUCUCUCACGAUAAGGCAGACGAUGCUCUCCCCGGAAUCCAUGAUGCGACUGAAAUUUAUGCCAAAACUCCCGCAGGCUCCGGUCCUAGAAAGUACAUGGCCUAUGCGCUUCAUUACGUCCUCACAGUCAUGAGAGAACAGCAUGCGAGAACGGACUGGUCUACCGCAGAUAUUGCAAAAGCUUUGGCAUUGAAUGAAGACUUGUGCGUCGAUGUCUUGGAGCUUAUAAGAAGCCAAAGGCCCAACACUUCCCCGAAAAAUCCACAUCUCCUGUGUCCUUGCACUUUUCACUCCGAAAAACACAGCAAAUGUGACCCUGAAAUCUUACCCAAGAAGAAGGCAAGGAAAUCCGGAUUCGGUAUGGAUUUUUGA